AUGUCGCAAACCUUCUCCCCCGCAGACGUUGCCUCCCACAACAAUGCCGACAAGGGCAUGUACAUCAUCGUCGACACAAACGUCUACGACGUCACCAAGUUCGCCGACGAGCAUCCCGGCGGCGCGAAGAUUCUGAAGCGUGUUGCGGGCAAGGAUGCUUCUAAGCAAUUCUGGAAGUACCACAACGAGUCCGUACUGAAGAAGUACGCCCCCAAACUGAAGAUUGGCGAGGUCAAGGAUGCUGCGAAGUUGUAA